UACUACAUAAUUAUUUCGGCCUUCGCCUUCGCCUCUAGCCAUGUCGUGUCUUAGCGUACUGACAAGAUCAAUCGGCUCCCUGCGCUGCGUUUAUGCUCUCUUUCUAGCGUCUCCCAGCCUCGAGCAGCGGAUCCCGACCGCGAAUCAUAGCGAGAAGAGAACGUGCGGGGGAAACGCUUUCCCUAAGAUUCGUAGGUCCUUCUUUUACACCACCUCCGCAACUAGUCCCGAGAUCGACACGGCGGAGCUUGCCGAAUUAGUACGAAAAGGGGAAGUUCAGUUGAUAGAUGUGCGUGAACCGUGGGAGUUGGAAGAUACAGGAACUGUGGCUCCCAAUACUAUCAAUAUUCCACUUGGCAAAGUUGAAGAGGCAUUGCAGGUAACUCCAGAACAUUUCCAGGAGAGCUACAAUGCCUUGCAACCCAAGAAGCACCGGGACAUUGUCUUCUAUUGCAUGGCAGGAGUUAGAAGUCUAGUUGCUCUUCAAACUGCACAGGACCUAGGCUACACCAAUGUUCGUCACUAUAUUAGGGGAUGGCUCGGCUGGCAAAUUCACAUGGACCAUCAGAAGAACGGCAAAGAUGAGCAAAACGCCACUUAAACUUUUUACUUCUAACAGGCAUUGAUUGGCUCAGAGAAUUAAUUAUCAUUCCCACACAAACG